AUCAUUGUUAUAAACUGAUAGAAACAACAGAGUUGAGAAAAUCAAAAUCAGAGGAUCAUCAUGAAUUGUCUUGUGGGGUGUCAGUCUCAGUUGUGGGUAGUGACCAUUGUGUUCUACACUUGCAUCUUGAUCCCAUUGAAGGAACUCAAGGGGGCACUUGCAAGCUUGUUUGGUCUCUUCAGCAAAGAUGUGGUGGAGUUCCCUGCAGUGAUUUCAUCAUUGCCGGUGGCGAGAUUUGAGGAUUUGCGAAGGCAAUGUUGUUGUGAAGGAGGUGAUGAUGAUGAGUUGAGAGAGAAGAUUUGCUCCAUUUGCUUGGUGGAGUUUGAAGGGGAAGAUGCAGUGAGCAAACUGGAAAGGUGUGGGCAUGUGUUCCAUCUCAAUUGCAUUGAACAAUGGCUAGACCGUUGUCAAUUCUCUUGCCCACUUUGUAGGUCCUUUCUAUUUUCUCAACAUCAUGUCUAUACAACCAAAUAGAUCAACCGGGCGAAUUAGUCUAAUUUAAGUAGAUAUCUCAUUUUUGUGUCUCUCUAGAUAUGUUAAAUACUUUGUAUAUCAAGCUUUAUCGUCUAUAAUGAUCAUAUUCGACUCGAAUCAGAUUGACUCAAUGAAAAAUACUGUCAAUUUAUAAAUUUUUUUUUAUCAUAGGAAUCAGAGCCUCCUAAGAGUGGUGUAGUUGUUGUUUGUGAGUAGUGUUGUUACCAAGUUUUGUAAUGGAUACUCAUAAAUGAAGAUC